CAUUGCCAUGGGUUGACAACAUCCCUUGUCUUGGACACAGACUGAAUAGAUACUUCACUGAGAACUCACCACAGAAGACAUGAAGUAUUGUGUUCUCCUGAUAAUGAUCCAUCUACUGUUGGUGGAACUGCCUCAAUUUCCAGAAGCACUACAAGGAAACGUGUAUGCAGCAGCUCCAGUUGUUGCCGCAACCGAUUUAAGACUGAGGAACAGGUCAAGUUACAUUGGCAGAAGCUGUAAGGAAAUAAGGGACCGAUAUAAUCAACAUGAAGAUGGGCUGUACUACCUGACCACAGCCAGCGGGACAGUCUACCAGACCUUCUGCGACAUGACCACCGCUGGCGGCGGCUGGACACUUGUGGCGAGCGUGCACGAGAACAACGUGUAUGGGAAGUGCACAAUGGGUGACCGUUGGUCCAGCCAGCAAGGCAGCAACCCCAACUGGCCAGACGGAGAUGGGAACUGGGCCAACAGGGCCACUUUUGGAACCGCAGAGGGUGCCACCUCAGACGACUUCAAGAAUCCUGGGUAUUAUGACAUUGUGGCAGAAGACAUUUCGGUGUGGCACGUUCCCAACAACUCCCCUAUGGAACACUGGAACCUAGGCGCCAUCCUCCGUUACCACACAGAGAGAAGCUUUCUCUCCAUUCAAGGGGGAAAUCUGCAUCAACUCUUUAAGCUCUACCCAGUGAGAUAUAAUGCUGAGGCAAGUGGGAACACAGGACCUGUCAUUCCAAUUGUGUACGACUUUGGGGACAAAGAAACCACAAGAAAACUUUACGGACCCAACACAAGAAACCAGUUUGAACCUGGCUUCAUCACUUUCAGGCCAAUAAAUAAUGAACUGGCGGCCAUGGCUAUCUGCUCUGGGGUCAAACCAACAACUGGCGGCGACACUGAACAUUACUGUAUUGGUGGUGGUGGACAUUUCCCUGAGGGAGCCCCUCGUCAGUGUGGCGACUUCCCAGCCUUUGACUGGAAUGGUUAUGGGACCAACACAGAAUGGAGUGCAUCAAAGCAGUUAACUGAAGCAGCUGUGUUACUCUUCUACCGUUAAAAUUCUUCCUUUGAUUAUCAAUGCGUAAUAUUACCGCAAUGUUUGAAACAAAUGUAUCCAUUGUUAUCAAAUGUAUGUAAAGAUUCAUUUUGUUUAUACUGUUUGUAUAUAAUGUACAUAACAGAACUAGGAUUUUAAUUUGUUUAAUCUAUAAAUGCCUUCUCCCUGCAGUAAGAUGGAAAUACUUGUAUCAUAGUUUCCUUGUUAUAAAGUAGAAGGAGCGAUGAGUAUUAUCACUGUGUGAAUAUGAAUGACUGAAAUAAAGACUACUCUAAAGGAGAAAUUGACA